GCUUUGCGGGACUCCCACGCCUUCUCAGGCUGUCGGCGGCGAACGGCCCGGGGAGGGAGGAGAAAGAGGAAGAAGCGCAUCUGCGGCUCCAGCUAGAAGUUGAUCAGAGACCAGAAACUCACUACUGAGGGUAAGAGAUUGCAGCGCUUUAUCUUUCUUCGCGUCAGUCUCUCCACCCCCUGGAAGGUAUUGGUAUAAACGGAGGAGGAAUUUGAGCAGGCUCGAGCCAAAUAAUAUUUCUGUCUAAACACACAACGUGCUUCCUCCUACGUUUUCGCUUCCAGAUGGGGCUCAGCUGAACCAGCCCUCCUCUUCAGCCCAGUCGUAAGCACCAACCGUGUGGGAACCGGGCUGGAGCUGCUAGAGGCUGCAGCAGCAGCCUGGGCGGUCCUGAGCAGAAGCAACGAGCUCUGCCCUCUUCUCCGGGAUCAUUUAAAGAUAAAAUACCUGCUCUUUUGACAACCGACUGUGCAAUGAGGUGCAAACUCUGUUUGAGAAAUGAACACUUUUGGUGAUAUUUUUCCAUAACUUAGUCUACCAGUCAUGAAACGAAUUCUUCUGUUUUUUAUCCUGGCUGCUGCUGUUAUGUAUGGUAUACUGCAUGGAAAUCUGUGGAGAAAUAACCUCUACUGGAUUAGCUUUUAUGGACAGACUUCCUCUGUGGGGGCUUCUCCUUCCUAUGAGACUAGUGGAGUUACCCAGCUGCCACCUACAGCUGUGGAGAGAAGGAGCGCGCUGGACACUUGUCUCCUGAAACCAGCAUUUGAAUCUUUACUGGGUGUUGACAAAAUAUACCCAUUCCUGUGUGCUAAUGAUUUUAUCAGGGUGGCAGAGUUCCAAGGGAGCGAUAAGUUUGAACUACCUUAUGGAAUAAAGAGAGCAGAGCAAUUUUUUCGUUUAGCCCUUUCAAGACUGGAGAGCUGUGGACUUUCCAAUGAAGAUGACAACAUUGCCUGUCGUCGGUGUGUUGUCGUCGGUAAUGGAGGAGUACUUCGAAAUAAAACAUUAGGGGAGAAAAUUGAUUCAUAUGACGUCAUAAUAAGGAUGAAUAAUGGCCCUGUUAUAGGGCACGAAGAGGAUGUUGGGAGGAGGACGACUUUCCGCCUUUCUUACCCAGAAUCUAUGUUCUCAGAUCCGAUCCACUACGACCCUAACACAACUGUGGUUCUCAUCGUCUUCAAACCACGUGACUUGAAGUGGCUUUGGAAGAUCCUAAGUGGUCAGAAAAUAAGUGAUAAAGGCUUUUGGAAGAAACCGGCUAAGAAUAUGAUAUACAAAUCUAGUCAAAUCAGGAUUCUUGAUCCCAGCAUCACCAGGAAAACAGCUUAUGAGUUGCUUCAUUUCCCAACAAGGUUUCCUAAGAAGGAGAAACCCAAGCAUCCAACAACAGGGCUGAUUGCCAUUACACUAGCAUUUCAUAUAUGCCACGAAGUCCACCUGGCAGGCUUCAAGUACGACUUCACUGACAGAAACAGUUCUUUGCACUACUAUGGCAAUGAAACCAUGUCUCAGAUGAUGCAGAAUGAAUAUCACAACAUCAGUGCUGAGCAGAAAUUCUUGAAGAAGCUUAUAGACAAGAAUUUUGUGGUCAAUUUGACGUGAAAGCUGAAUGGAAAAUACAAAGAAGAAUCACUAUUUUCAAGAUUUGAAAAAUUUUUAUUUUUUGUAUGACAUUUUUAUUUUUUAAGUGCAGCAUAACUGUUUACUGUUUAAAAGGAGCCCAGAAACCUCACCAAGGCUUCUUCUAAGCCUGAGGGUAAUGGACUACUGCAAACAGAGUUAAUUGAAUUUCUGUGAAGCUAUUUAAUAGUGGGAAAACCGUGACACUUUCAGCUGAAAGUAUCAGGGAUAUAUAAAAAUGUGAUGCACAUCCCUUAUUUAUCAGUGAGAACUGUUUCCAAAUGAUGAUGUCCUCCAAAAGGGUUCCACUGUCAAGAGACUGAGAUGACCAGUGUUUAAUUAGUAGAUGGAUGUAAAGUAUUGAGUAUCUGUCUUGUAGUAUGGAAGUGGCUUUAAAACUGUGCCUAUAAAUAAUUACUGUAUGUUUUGGAGAAGGGUGGACAUACAGAGUGUACGGGUUUUGCUCUGCCAUACUCCUGAGCAGAGGACAUCCACCGUCAGCAAAGAAGGCACGCGCAGCUUGUGCGCUGCCCGUCGACUCUGAACUGCUGUUUGCCUUUGCCAAAGGUGAAGACCCUUGGGUCCAGUUUGUGGAGAUGUUGAUAUUACAAUGCUUGUGGUGUACCCAUUUUAUGGAAGAAUCAUAUUCCCUGUGCUGUGCAUCCAGUAAAUUUUACAGUUGCUGACUUGACUUACAAAAGAGGGAGUAUGAAGACUGAAGAGUUGUCCGAACUACCCGCGUGUCAGGCACGCACAAUGGAAAUGUGAGCUGGGAUAGAUGUUCAUGCCUGAGUUUAGAGUCAAUGCUUGUUGGAUUCCUAGGUCUCCAGGGCAGGAUGUCAUGUAUUUUUCUGUUUGCUCCCCAAGAAUUGAGGUGGAUUUUUCCAAAUGAGCACAAUCUCCUUCUUCGGAUGCUGUAAUGCAUUUCCACCUUUGAAAUGCAUCAAUACAAGCAAUGAAGACUCCCAUUUUUGGCAGUGGAGUGUGGUAGGAAUAUCCAAGAUGUACCUCAGCUGAAUUACCAUUUGGCAUCUGUUUACCUCUCCUGUCCUGACAUUUAGAUUUAAAGUAUGUGGCUGAACUAAAUCAUUUAGCAAUGGGAAUUUACUUGAGAUUUUAAUUGAAAUUUAAUGGGGCGUUUAUGUUUUCUGUAUUGGUUUGUCUCUGACAAGCCUGCUGAAUAAAUUAAGUCUACCUGGGAAUGCACUUGACAAUUGUCAAAGAACAACAGGUAAUAUGCUGUUCUAAUUCUUGCACAGGGUGUGUAUAUGAAGUUUUUAUUUUAGUUGUGGCAUAUUUGUUGGAAGAUUUUGUGGUUGUCUUAAUCAGUCAUAUCUAAAAAAAUACAAAGAAGUGGACUUCCAAAAAAAAAAAAAAGUUUAAUGUUAAUUUAAAGUUUAAAGCAGUAAAUACCUUUGCUGCUUUUAAAUAAAAUUAUAUAGGUAGUGCAUUUAAGGGUAAUGCAAACAACUGCAAUAUGAAUACAAACCUCUAAUAGGUCAAGAGCAUGGUAUUUCUUCUUUUCAGAAGCUGAGGAUUACGAAAGUACUGAACCCAAUUUCUUUGCUGCAGCAAUGUAGAGGAAUAACCAAUGAAGUAACUAAAGAGUCUUUCUUUUUUCUAUUACUCUUGGGGAGCAGGUAUUUCAAACAAACAAGCACACACCUUCCCAUAGUUCUCAUUUCCAUCUUUAGCUCCUUGGCUCUGCCAUUUGGGAAUUAGUGAGAGCGGUGUGAUUUGGAGGGGUGCCACAGCUGAAGGGGAGGAGGCUUGUGUUUUCACCUGAGCUUUGGUGUGUUUCAGGCAAGCUGGACAUGCCUGAAAUAACUCCGGAUAUCAGAAAAAUCUGUGGCAUGGGGUGGGGAAGGACCCAGAUGUGUCCCCAGCAAGGAACGGGCUGUACUGUGGUGUCUUGUCAGCUGUGUGUCCCUUGGGUGCAGCUGCAGUCCAGCCAUGUGCAGGGCAGCAGGCAAGAGCGUGGAGGAGAAGGGAAUCUGGGAGGUCCUAGGGCACCGGAGCAGGUAGUGGAAAUGGAGGAAAUCACAAUUUCUUCACCAGGUUGCAGAAGGGCUCUUACUCAAUUUUUUAUGUCUUUUUUUUUCCCCCCCUAAACGUGCACGUUUCUGAGGCUUUUAGGAGAACUUUGCUUAAAAAUGUGAAUACAAACAAAAAAUAGUGAUAGUGCUGUCUUCGUCUCUACCUGCAUUUAUUUCUCCUGGUUAUUUCAGUUAGUUAAAAAGGUUUGUAUGUCAGUCUGCAGCCCCAGACCUGCAGUGAUUUAAACUAUUGGCAGCAGUAGUAAUUCCAUGUGAGAACGAUGCUGUGGUAAGGCUGUUCGCAGAGGUUGCAGUGUUGUCCAAGCUCUUGUUGCAUAGAAGUCCUUGGUAGAUCUUAGACUGUGUGUUGAGAACUGAGGCAGGCAGAAGUGGGGGGCUGCCUCUUCGCUCUCAAAAUCUGCAGUCACUUCCAGAGCUGGGGCCCCCAGCUCUCCCAUGGCUGCUGCCACGAUCCAGCUGCAUCCGUGUAAUGUCUCUUAGUAUGCUGUCUGUAAGGAUUUUUUUCCUGGAGAGCUGUUGGAUUUGCUCCAGACACUGUGAAGAGAGUGCUUGUGGUGGAGCAAGCUGCUUCCCUCUGCUUCUCCACCCGUCUCCAGUGGCAGGAAGUGGGUAGGGAGCUCUGCUUUUGAGGAUGUGGUUAUUUUCUCUGUUUUGUUUUGUCUCCAGAGAUAUUCUUCCCAUUAAUCUAAACUGACUUUGUCUUCUGAUUCUCCUAAGUGGUUUUCUGCUUUUUGUGGGAGGUUUGGAUUCUAACUAUAGCAGAACAAACAAAAUAACUGAAAAAAAGACUUCAUGGCAAACAAAUGGUGUCUCCCAAACUCUUUGUACUUAAAAUAGAUCCCUUUUUUCUUAAUCACAUCAGCUUUAUUGGUCUCCCUAAGACACGUUUUUUUUUUUUUAAAUAAUACAUUUGGUAUUCUCAAGGCAUUUAAUACACUGUCUACAGUUAUUUAUCUAUACUGGCUUCACCUUUUUAUUUUUUACAAAGUCUCUCUGUUUGUAAUUGUAAUUUUUGAAAUUAAGCAAUACUCUCAGGGAUAUUUUUCCCCCACUUCUGGGCUCCUGCAGGGAUGUUCAGUCCGUGUAUGCCACUGUUAUUGUCCCAGGGUGACUGAGUAACGUUUAGAACCAAACCUGUGUACUUGGGACCGAGCCAAGAGCGGAUACUGUUGAAGAACCACAAAGUAUGAGACUUUUUUGAAAGCCCAUCUUGCAGACCAGUAGCUUUUCUCUUCAGUAAUAAGCAGUGAACCAAGUAAUUAAUUUUCCCCUCCAUGAGAUGUUUUGGUAGGAUUAUGUGUAGGCCAGCCCUGCUUCAUCACCUGUUUCACAUAAUUUCUGCUACUCUGCCUCAAGGACAGGUAUGGUUUUGGCACUGACUUUGUUCAGGCAGGAAUACCCAUGUGUAGUGGGUUUCUCAGCAAUGUUCACAGAUCACAGUGUCUGUUCUGUCUGGGCACACGUUUUCACAGGUGUACUGCAGUACCAAAGACUUUACUUUGGGCUUUUAAUAAAAAACAAUAAUGCUAACUCCAAAUAUUUAGAUUGUUUCUGAGAGUGAGGUGCUAUAAAGAAAGACUUUCUUCUUCCGUUUUUGCCAUUCCUGAAAGUGAAAUCUCUGCACUGAAACUUCUCUUAAUAAGCUAUCCAAUUUUUUUUAUCACAUCAGGGGCAAAGCUACCAAUUUUGGAUCCCAGGGUGCUGCCAGCUUUAUUUCCACAUCUGGUAACAGUGUCUGUAUAGGUACCCAGUGUCUCCUAUAAUUUUUCUUUCUCUCUCAGUUGUGAAGUGAGAUGCUCGCCUCCCAUCUUACUCCGUCCUGUUCCCCAGCAGCCUGCUGAAUUUCAAGAGAGCAGCAUCUUACAGCAAAGGUGCUUCUGCAUUUUAUCUGCUACCCCCCUCAAAAGAGUGCCCAGUCAGAAAGACCCAGCUCUAAGAUACCAAAAUAUGCAGUGAAUGGGCAGGAUGACACGUGUCAGCUGAAAGCUUUGUUUGGCUCAGACUUUCAGGUUCGCUUUUUUUUUUGUUUCCCGUUGGGAAAGUAUUUUUUCCUCCAUUGUAAUAAUUAAGGGAAGUACUGAGAUAUUUUAAGAAGGAAGGUCAUGGACUAUUGCACUAAAUGUGAAUCUGAGAGUGCCUAGAUGAUGUUACUAAAUUACAUUUCCAGUGACUGUGUUGGUGGUGAUAAUACAGAAUCGCAACUUUGAUGUUUAAAAAUUAGCAUAUGGUACUUCUUGUUUCCUAUGCCAUGCUUUCCUUUUUAAUAAUGCCCUGGGGGGUAGAGUAUCAAUAGCUUAACUUUUAAGUGGACUCUUGAUUUUUAAGAACAUACUAAACUCAACGUGGUUUUGGUAUCAGUAAAUACUUAUUUUAUUUGCCAUUUGUCUUAAGUUUUAUACGCCUUUAAAGUGCCAGCUGUAUUUUGAAGACAUUCUUACAGUUGUUUCAAGUGAAAUUUUGAAUGCUAAAAAUUUAGAAAGAGAUUAUUUUCCUGUGAAUAAACUGUUAAAAAGA